UUGUCUUCCAUCCCCAAAGCAUAUCAUUCCAUUUUCUAGAAAGCUUUCUGCUAACUUGUGUAGGAAUUGAGAGAGAGACUGUUCUCAAGGGUUUGAUGGCAGAAAAGCCACAUGCAGUUUGCAUGCCACACCCGGCGCAAGGUCACAUAAACCCAAUGCUCAAACUAGCCAAACUGCUUCACUACAAAGGCUUUCAUAUAACCUUUGUCAACACAGAGUACAACCAUAGACGCUGGCUUAAAUCCCGAGGCCCUAACUCCGCUGAUGGCCUCCCUUCCUUUCGAUUUGAAACAAUUCCAGAUGGCCUCCCUCCAACUGAUGCAAAUGCUACACAACACAUACCAUCCUUAUGUGAAUCCACAAAGAAAAACUGCUUAGCUCCCUUCAGAGAACUUCUUUCAAAGCUGAAUUCUUGUUCAAACAAUAUUAUCCCUCAGGUAACUUGCAUAGUGGCUGAUGGUGUCAUGAGCUACAGUCUAGACGCUGGUGAAGAACUGGGGAUUCCGGUAGUUCUUUUCUGGACACCAAGUGCUUCUGGCUUCAUGGGCUACCUUCAGUAUCACCGACUCAUCCAAGAGGGUCUCACUCCUCUCAAAGAUUCCAGCUAUUUGACAAACGGGUAUUUGAAUACUGUAAUAGAUUGGAUACCAGGCAUGAGAGGUAUCCGUUUAAAGGACAUCCCGAGCUUCAUUAGGACAACAGACCCAGAUGACAUCAUGCUGAAUUUUCUUGUAUAUGAGACUGAACGAUCUCAAAGAGCUUCUGCUAUUAUCUUGAACACGUUCUACGACUUAGAGCAUGAAGUUCUUGAUGCACUGUCAAGUCUGCUACCACCCAUUUACACCAUUGGACCUGUACAUCUACAACUUCAUCAGAUCCCAGCAGAUAGCGAUUUGAAGUUGAUAGAAUCAAACCUAUGGAUAGAGGAAGCAGAGUGUCUUGACUGGCUUUACUUAAAAGAACAAAAUUCUGUGGUAUAUGUCAAUUUCGGAAGCAUUACAGUCAUGACAGCCGAGCAGCUAAUUGAGUUUGCUUGGGGACUUGCAAACAGCAAUAAGCCAUUUCUCUGGGUCAUAAGGCCUGACCUUGUUGCUGGGGAAUCAGCUGUGCUUCCACCAGGGUUUCUAGAAGAAAUUAAAGAAAGGGGCCUAUUAGCAAGUUGGUGCCCCCAAGAACAAGUUUUGAGCCACCCAGCAAUAGGAGGCUUCUUGACACAUGGUGGAUGGAACUCUACUAUUGAAAGUGUGAGUGGUGGAGUGCCCAUGAUUUGUUGGCCUUUCUUUGCUGAGCAACAAAUGAAUUGUAUGUACUGUUGCAAAGAAUGGGGCAUAGGCAUGGAGAUAGAGGAUGAAGUCAAGAGAAAUUACAUAGAAGGGCUUGUGAGAAAGUUGAUGGAGGGAGAGGAAGGCAAUGAGAUGAGGAAGAAAGCCAAGGAAUUGAAGAGGUUGGCAGAGGAGGCCUCUAGCGGUCCUAAUGGGUUAUCAUUUUUGAAUUUGGAGAAGCUGGUUAACCAGGUGCUUCAGUCUCCCAGAAUUUAGAACGAGUGAAUCCAUGGGAAAAGAUCAUAUUCCUUGUUGAGCAGUAUCCUCUGUUUUUAUGUAUCAAAAAAAAAGAAGUAUCCUCUGUUUUAUUAAUUUUUGAGCAGCUAGCUCACUCCAAUGUUUCUAUUUUCU